AUGCGAACAGUGUUAGUUAUACUGCUAUGCUUUGUCUGGGUAUCAGCAGCAGCAGCAACAAGUACAGAGACACGUACACCACCAACAACAACAUCGCAAUCAACAAUAACGACAAGCUCCUUAAUAGUUUCUACGACCAUUUCAAGUGCAUUGACAAUCAGCGAUCAAACAUAUACCCGCUAUGGCGUUUCGUCAGGAAAUUACUACUAUAAAACUGUUCAAGUUACAGUUUCCAGAACAGGCUCUUAUAGUUUCGCAUGCAGUAGCAACAUGAUCGCCUAUGGUUAUCUAUAUAACAACAGCUUUGUUGCAUCAACACCAGCCUUAAACUUACUUAUUUCUAAUGGUGAUCUUGGUGGGACUGCGCAGUUCGAAUUUACCUAUUAUCUUACGUCUGAUGUUACCUACAUUCUGGUUGCCACAACUUAUAGUACAGGUGUCACGGGAACCUUUUCAAUACUUGCAUCAGGCCCAGCAGCAUUAACAUUAACAGUGAUUGUCAUCCCGAGACCAACAGGGACAACUAUAGUAACUAUCCAGUGA